UUCCAUUCCACUGGAAGAAGCAACAACAGCCUCAAUCCCUGUUACAUCUGUCGUCCAUGCCAUCUUCAUUGCUUCCAUCUCCGGCACGUUCCAGAGGACUCCAACCAAUUGGGGCAACUAGUUUUCAAAGACUAUCUGACGAAUCCCAGCUGACCAGUUUCCUCUUUGUUUCUAAAACUGUCAGAAGUCUUGUUUGAAUUUUCCAUUUGAAGAAGGAACCAUCUACUACUCCAAGCUCCUGAUCUUCCAAACUUAAAUAUUCCUGUAGAAGAUCCUUGAUGAAAAUGCAGACUUUUAGGGUUCCUCUGUUACCAACCUUGUUUGCUCUAUGCUGGAUUUUGUUGCUUGUUAUUCACGUUGACUCCGUUGGUGCUGAAAGGUCCAACCAGAAAACCAGGAGCAUCCAUAUGAAGGAAAACAGUGAUGUUAGUUCAAAAAGAGAAGAAAUACAGGAUGUAUUUUCAGAAGACACUCAGAUGGACGAGCCUGAUGCAGAAGACAAAGACAAACCAAAGGACAAAAAGACCCCUGAAGAGUUAUUAGAGGCCAAAGCAAAGAAGGCGUCUGAGAAGGCAGCCAAAGCCAAGAAACCUAAACCCACCAAAAAGCCGAAACCAACAAAGAAACCCAAACCACCAAAGCCCACCAAGAAACCAAAGCCUCCAAAACCCACCAAAAAGCCAAAGGCACCAAAGGCCACCACAACACCAAAGACCAGAGAAACCACAACAACCAGAAAGACAACAAUGGAGGAAGAGGAGGAGAAAAUCCUGUUAGAAUUGGGAUGGGACAUGCUAUUUCCAACAGUGUCACCAAAAAAGACAGAAAUCAAGAAGCCCAUUGAGCCAGAUCAUGGAAAUGUCCACAGCAAGAAAGAGGCCACAAGACCACCUAUUAUCAAAGAGCUUGACCCGGAUUACUGGGAUGCAAGAUAUGAAGUUCCAGAACCGGACCUCAUACCGAAUGUUAAGGAGCCCUCCAAUACAGAUGACCCAAGUAUAUACUUACCCAUCCCAGAGGAAACCUCCAUUUCCCCUCGAACAGUUGCACCCUGGUAUGAGGAAUAUGAUUAUUCAGAUUUGGCUGCAAAGAAGUUGGAGGAAGAGCUGGAAAAAGCAAGAAAGGCCAAAGAGGAGAAGGCGGAAAAACUCCGGAAGAUUUGGGAAGAGGAGGAAGAGGAGAGGAGACAGCAAACAGCUCUUCAUGUAGAGCCAAAGAAGUGUCCUCCGCUUGGCAUGGAGUCCCAUCGAGUAGAAGAUGAUCAGAUCUUGGCGUCUUCUAUGUCUCAUCAUGGAUAUUCUGCUCUUAGAGGACGCCUGAACAUGCAGAGUUCCGAUGAUGAGGAGGAUGUUUAUGGUGGAGCGUGGUGUGCUGAUACAGAAGAGAAGGAGCACUGGUUUCAACUGGACGCCCGUCGAGAGGUCGAGUUCACUGGCGUCAUCACACAGGGCAGGAACUCCGAAUCAAAUAAUGACUUCGUAUCGUCGUUUUUCGUGGCCUUCAGUAACGACAGUCGUGAUUGGACAGUGCUGCAUGACGGUUAUGCUGAGUGGCUCUUUUAUGGCAAUGUGGAUAAGGACACUCCAGUGAUGGCUGAAUUCUCAUUUCCUGUGGUGGCGCGUUACAUCCGUAUUCUCCCUCAGAGCUGGAACGGCAGUUUGUGCAUGAGACUGGAGGUGCUCGGCUGCCCGUUACCAACUAGUUAUCUGACAGAGAACGAUGUUCCGCCUACUGAUGACCUCGAUUACAGACAUCACAACUACAAAGAGAUGCGUCAGAUGAUGAAGGUUAUAAAUGAAGAAUGUCCAAACAUCACCAGAAUAUAUAACAUUGGCAAAAGCUCUCAAGGGCUGAAGAUGUACGCCAUGGAGAUCUCCGAUAACCCUGGAGAACACGAGACAGGUGAGCCAGAAUUCCGUUACACCGCCGGGCUUCAUGGGAAUGAGGUGCUGGGUCGAGAACUUCUGCUCCUGCUCAUGCAGUUCCUGUGUAAGGAAUACAACGACGACAAUCCGCGAGUGCGCCAUCUUGUGGAAGGAGUUCGUAUACACCUAGUGCCGUCACUGAACCCUGAUGCCUACGAGCUGGCCUUUGAAAUGGGCUCUGAAAUGGGCAACUGGGCUUUGGGCCACUGGACAGAGGAGGGCUACGACAUCUUUCAGAGCUUCCCAGACCUGAACAGUGUUCUGUGGGGUGCCGAGGACAGGGGAUGGGUGCCACGGAUCAUUCCGAAUCACCACAUUCCCAUUCCUGAGAAUUUCCUUAAUGGUUCUGUUGCUGUUGAAACGAAAGCCAUCAUCACUUGGAUGGAGAGGACGCCAUUUGUUCUGGGUGCCAAUCUACAGGGUGGAGAGAAGAUUGUUGCGUACCCCUUCGACAUGCAGCGUCCGCCACGGGCGACGGGCGCAGAUGGCAGAGGAGGUCAGCCCGUGUCUGAGUAUCACCAGAUGAACGAGGAAACAUGGGCGAGGAUUCAACGACAGAAUGAGGGAGCUCUCCGUGAGACAGCAGACGAAAACUUGUUCCGCUGGCUGGCCAUGACGUACGCCCACAGUCACCUGACCAUGACGGAGACCCACCGCGGUUCCUGUCACACUGAUGACAUCACAGGUGGCCAGGGCAUCAUCAACCGUGCCAGCUGGAAACCCGUUGUGGGCAGCAUGAAUGACUUCAGCUACCUGCACACAAACUGCUUUGAGAUUUCUAUCUUUCUUGGGUGUGACAAGUUUCCUCAUGAAAGCGAGUUGGCGACAGAGUGGGAAAACAAUCGAGAGGCUCUACUGGCGUUCAUUGAGCAGGUCCAUCGUGGGAUUAAAGGAGUUGUAAGAGACAUUGAUGGGAAUCUUCUAGCAAAUGCAACAGUUUCUGUGGAGGGCAUCAAACAUGAUGUCAAAACAGCUGCCAACGGCGAUUACUGGCGUCUUCUGAACCCAGGCGAGUAUCGCGUGACAGCGAGAGCGGACGGGUAUUCAUCGCAGACGCGACUUUGCAUCGUGGGCUAUGAUGCCAGCGCGUCUUCCUGCAGCUUCACUCUAACUAAAUCUAACUGGGCUCGGAUCCGACAAAUCAUGGCACAGAGUGGGAAGAGGCCAAGAAUCCCUACCAACACCACUGGCAGUUCAAACACAGGGCCCGCCACUGUCCCGCAAAAUGAACGUCUGCGCCGCCUGCGACUGCUGCGUCUGCGCAAACUACGAAUGGAGAAGAUGAAAGGCAGUACCUCAAUGAAAACUACGACUACAACCACCACUGUGCCCCCCACCACAACAAUGCCAACAGAAACUACAUCCUCAUGGUUUGACAUAUGGUUUGAGGUGGACAGUACUACGACCAGUCAAGACUAUAACUUUGAGUACAGAAUAGAUGAUUACUAAAGAAAUUAUAUUGCGUGAAAUAUUGUCCUUAUCACAGGUUAUCUUGUAUUUUAGGUUUCCAUAGAGCUUUAAAGGAAUAUUCCAGGUUCAAUACAAGUUGAGCUCAAUCGACAGCAUUUGUGGCAUAAUGUUGAUCACCACGAAAAUUAGUUUUGACUCGUCGCUUUUUUUCUUUAAAAAAGGGAAAAUCUGUAUUGCAGUGAGGCACUUACAAUGGAAGUCAAUGGGAUUGGGGCCCAUUCAAUUCCAUUGUAAGUGUCUCACUGUAACACAGAUUUUUGCUUUUUGUUUAUUCAAAAUGAAUUUUUGUGGUAAUCAAUAUUAUGCCACAAAUGCUGUCAAUUGAGCUUAUCUUGUACUGAACCCGGAAUGUUCCUUUAAAGUGUGUAAGCUUUCAGGGUAUCAAAAUACAACAUGCUCUCUGUGGAACAGAGUAUAGAAGAAAAUGUCAUUGUUAUUUAAUUCAGUGUAUCUUGUGUAAACAAUCACAAAAAUGGGGUAUUACUAUUAAAAUAUGGCAAAAAAUGAGCCAUUUCUAAAUCAAAUAUCUGAGCUGCCCUCACAUUACAUGCCUGUGUUCUGAUAUUAUGUGCUCAUAUUUUCAAAUAAAAUAAAAUAAAAUUUUAUACAAUAAAUGUCA